ACCGAGGAUACUCCUUCGGACGAUCAAAUGGCGCCUGAAGAGUCAUGGGAAGUCAACGGCACCUCAACGACGCCGUCGACGGCCGAGAAGCUGUUGGUGCACCACAAGGAGAACCACUUCACCGCGGGAGAGGUGGUGCGGGACGUCAUCUUAGGGGUCUCCGACGGCCUCACCGUCCCCUUUGCUCUCGCCGCCGGCCUCUCCGGCGCCAACGCCCCUUCCUCCCUCAUCCUCACCGCAGGCCUCGCCGAGGUCGCUGCCGGUGCCAUCUCCAUGGGCCUCGGCGGGUAUUUGGCGGCGAAGAGCGAGGCGGACCAUUACAUGCGGGAGCUGAAGCGGGAGCAAGAGGAGAUCCUUACGGUUCCCGACAUCGAGGCAGCAGAGAUCGGGGAAAUACUCGCGCAGUACGGGCUGGAGCCGCACGAAUACAGCCCCGUGGUGAACGCGCUGCGGAACAACCCACAGGCUUGGCUUGAUUUCAUGAUGAAAUUUGAGCUUGGAUUAGAGAAGCCAGACCCAAAGAGGGCACUGCAGAGUGCUCUAACGAUUGCUCUCUCCUACGUCGUGGGCGGACUGGUGCCCCUUUUGCCAUACGUGUUCAUCCCCAUCGCCCAGAAGGCCAUGUUGACGUCCAUCGGCGUCACCCUCGCGGCGCUGCUCUUCUUCGGCUACGUCAAGGGCCAGUUCACCGGGAACUACCCUCUCUCCAGCGCCGUCCAAACCGCUUUCAUCGGUGCUCUCGCGUCCGCCGCGGCCUACGCCAUGGCAAAAGUAGUCCAAUCCACCUGAGGCCAACGUGCGUGCGGCGCGAGUCCCCCAUCCGGUUUAAGUUUUGAUGUUGCGAAUCUGUAUUGCUGCUCUUUACCCUUUCAUGUAGAAGAACUAUUGCUGCACGAGAUGUUGCUAACUAUGUGAAUUAAUUUAGUUGUUUAAGGUUAUAAACUGCAACAAUAAACAUGGGACAGAUUGAUUCUU